AUGGAGUAUGGGGUACAAUGGGCUUCAUUCAAAAUCAACUCUAUCAAUUUCUCUUCCCAUGGAACGCACAAUCUGUCAUUGAAUGUAGUUUGGGAUGAGUUCACAAUCAUUGAUGGGCAGGGUUUUGAUGAUGGGAAGAAUCGAGCUGAAUGCAAAAGAUGUAAGCAAGUUUAUAGGGCUGAUAGUAAUAUUAAUGGAACUGGAAGCCUUAGGAGACAUAUUCUACAUUGCCCAAAAAGGGAAAACAAAGGAAACACAAGCACCCAAAUGAUUUUUGGUGUAAAUGAUGGGAAAGUGAUGUUAAGAGACCAAAAAGUUGACCAAGAUUUUGUGCGGGACAAAAUUACGAAGCUUAUUGUGAGACAUGAGUUACCUUUAGUUUUUGUUGAGUAUGAGGAGUUCAGAGAGUUAAUUACAUACCUUUUUCCGGGCUAUACCCAUAUUGCUCGAAACACACAAAUGUCAGAUAUUUUGAGGUUAUACAAUUUGGAGUCCAUUAGAAUCAGGAAUUUACUUAAUUCAUUUCUUGGGAGGAUUUCUUUGACAAGUGAUUUAUGGACAUCUAUCACUAAUGAUGGAUACAUUGCUUUGACUGCCCAUUACAUUGAUAAGGAUUGGGUGUUGCAUAAGAAGUUGUUGAAGUUUUGCAUCAUGCCACCUCCACACACUGGCAUCCAUAUUUGUGAAAUGGUUUCAAAAAUCUUGUCUGACUGGGGUAUUGAUCGGAAAUUGUGUUGUGCACAUAUUCUCAAUCUUAUUGUACAAGAUGGACUGAAACACAUAGAUGACUCUGUGGUGUUGGUGCAAUCUAGUAUAGCCUAUGUGAAAGGAUCACAUGCAAGAAAAGUAAAAUUCUUGGAAAUUUGUAAGCAAUUGGGAUUACAAAGUAGUAAGGGCUUACGUGCUGAUGUCUCCACAAGGUGGAACUCAACCUAUCUCAUGCUUGAUUCUGCAUUAUUUUAUUGUAAAGCAUUUGAGAACCUUGGACUAGUGGAUGACAACUUUAAAACUUGUCCUAGUUCUGAACAAUGGUUGAAGAUUGAGAGAUUAACGAGUUUUUUGUAUCCCUUCUAUGCAAUUACUGUUUUGCUUUCUGGUUCCAAGUAUCCCACAGCAAAUUUAUAUUUUGAAAAUGUUUGGGAGAUUCACAAAAGUUUAUUAGAAGAGCUUUGCACUCUGGACUUAAAUGCAUCUACAAUGUGCCACAAUGUGAGGAAUUCUUUAUAUCAAUUGUUUGGUGAGUACAAGAGUAUGCAACCAAGUGAUUAUGAUGUUCCUACACUUACCCAUCGUCCUGGGAGAUCUAGAACAAGAUUUGAAUUUAUGGUAUCCGAGCUUGCUGAGAUGGAUAAUGGAAAUAAAUCUCAAUUGGAUAUAUAUCUAGAUGAACCCAAGGUCCCAUUCAAUGAUAAUGAAUAUGAUGAGUAUGAUGUGUUGGCAUUCUGGAAAGCAAAUGGGUCAAGGUAUCCAGAUGUGGCUCGAAUGGCUCGUGAUGUCUUGGCUAUACCAGUUUCCACAGUUGCUUCAGAGUCGGCUUUUAGCGCAGGGGGCCGUGUUAUUGAUAAAUAUCGGAGCAAACUCCUACCUACCAAUGCUGAAGCAUUAAUAUGCCUUCGGGAUUGGAUGUUUGAUAUAGACUUCAGAGUUAAUUAG